AUGGUCAGGGGCUCUCAGGGAAGAGCCCCUACCAACCAAGCUGGCGAGGCAUCGCAUAGCUCAGGACCCCAGGGUCAAUCAACUCCAGAAACUGCCGCCGGAAAUCAAACCCGGGUGCUCGAACUGAUUGAGGAGGUCGUUGGGUUAGUACGCCAACAGAGGCAACAACCUCAGCAACCAAUCCAGCAAGUCGUUGAUCCUCCGGAGCAAAGAAGGAGUAUAGCUGAAUUCAAGAGAAUGGCUCCUUCAGUUUUUAAAGGCACCACUAGUCCUCAAGAGGCCGAAGCCUGGAUAGAUGAAAUGGAGAAAGCCUUCAGAGCAAUGGAGUGCACUGAUGAAGAAAAGGUCAGAUUUGCCACAUAUAUGCUUCAGGACCGAGCUCAUCAUUGGUGGAUGUCUGUGGAGCGCACAUUGGCAUCUGAGCAGGAGGCACUUACCUGGCAGAGGUUUCGCACAGCCUUCUACUCCAAGUAUUUUCCUUCAAGUCGCCUUAGGGAGCUAGAGAGAGAAUUUCUAAAUCUGUCUCAAGGAACUAUGACUGUGGAUGAGUAUGAGGCAGAGUUUGACAGGGCCAAGAAUAUGGAAAUUGUCUGGAAGGAAACACAAGAUUCAAAAGAUAGAAUACAAAAGAAGAGGAGCAGAGAUGAUGAUACUCAUAGUGGACAGAAUUCUGGCAGGACAGCAAAAUUUCAUAAUAGAUCCGAGCAAUCAGAAAAGCAGAGAUCUUAUGGAGAGACUAUUCAACAAGAGAAGCUUAAAUGUGAAGCAUGUGGAGGCGCCCAUAAGACAGAACUUUGUAGACGGUUGUCCGGCGCUUGUUUCAAAUGUGGCCAACAGGGUCAUAGGAUAAAGGAGUGCCCUUAUAAUCAGCAAGACUCUCAAUCAGUUCAGAGGCCUCAAACUACAAGAACCCAGCAAGUGCAAGCUUCUCCUACUCCGGCUCAGUCAGCUCAGCCUUCUUCUUCUAAGCAGCAGAUAGGAGGGAGACCGUACACACAGGGUCGUAUUUAUGCACUGACUCAGCACGAUGCUCAGGCAUCCAAUACUGUGGUGUCAGGUACACUACCGGUUGCUUCUGUUUAUGCUUAUAUACUAAUUGAUUCUGGUGCUACACAUUCACUGUGUCAUCGAUAUUUGUGCGAAAAUAUGACCUACCUUGUGUGCCGUUAG